AUGCAGCCGGCGGAGCGGGACGGGCCGGCAGGCGGCCCCGAAGGGGCGGCGGGAGCGGCUGAGGCCCCGCCGGAGCCGUCGCCGCCCAAGGCCGCCGCUGCUUUCGACCUGCUGGAGCUGGUGCGGAGCUACCGGCGGCUGGAGCUGUACCUGGAGCCGCUGCGGGACGCCGCCGAGGGUGUCCGCUCCCUCCUCCGGUGGCAGCGGCCUGUGUGCUCUCUCCUGGUCUGCCUCGGCCUCAACUUCCUCCUGCUCACCCUCGGCCAAGCUGCCUGGUUCUCGGUGCUCGCCCUGCUGGUCGCGGUGCCGGCCCUGCUGGGUUACCUGCAGGAGACGAGCCGGGCCCGGCCGUCGGAGGCCGAGCUGGUGCGCAGGAGGUACCACAGCGUCCGCAGGGAGGAUCUGCGCAAGGUGCAGCUCUCGCGGCAGGAGGCCAUCGCCCAGGUCAAGAGCUUCCUGAUCCAGCUGGAGGGGUUUCUGAACGGGAUGUGCUGCAGCUGUGAGGCAGUGUACCGUGUGCUGUACUGGGAGAACCCCACUGUCUCUUCCCAGUUUUAUGGAGUGCUACUGGGCACUGUCUGUGUCCUCUACCUGCUGCCCCUCUGCUGGGUCCUGGCCAUCCUCAAUAGCACCCUCUUCCUGGGCAACACCCAGUUCUACCAAGUGAUAAUGGAGCUCAAGGCCUCCAUCGAGCAGUGUGUGGGCUCCAAACCCCUCGAGAGCACUCCAGAGCCUGCUGAACCCCUGCCACCAGCUGCUGCCCCAGAUCGGACCCCCACCCCCACCAGUGCAGAGGACCUUACUCCUGGCAGUGUGGAGGAAGCAGAAGAGGCAGAACCUGAUGAAGAGUUCAAAGAUGCAAUUGAGGAGAACCAGCUGCUGGUCAUGGAGGAUGAUGAAAGCUCUCAGUGCUCAGCAGAUUUUGACCUCAGCCUCCCAGACAAUGGUUUUAUGAGCAAAAAUGAGGUGAUCCGCAGCAAGGUGUCCCGCCUGACCGAGCGCCUGCGCAAGCGCUACCCCAGCAACAACUUUGGGAACUGCACGGGCUGUGGUGCCACCUUCUCUGUGCUCAAGAAGAGGCGGAGCUGCAGUAACUGUGGGAACAGCUUCUGCUCCAGGUGUUGUUCCUUCAAAGUCCCCAAGGCUGUGAUGGGAGCCACAGCCCCAGAGGCUCAGAAGGAGACAGUGUUCGUGUGUGCACUCUGCAACCAGGCGCUCAUCAAGUGAUGAAACGGGCCCAGCCAGCUCCUGUGUCCUGCGCUGCCUGAGACCUGGGGCAGCGGGCAGGCACCCUUGCCACUGGGAGCCUGGAGUGUUUGGAUCCCAGCAUGGCAUUCCCCUGCCAGAGGAUGCUUACACUUGUGCUCCUCCUGCCAGCACCAGGCUGGAUGGACCAGCCUUCCUUGCCAUGCACCAGCUGGGUCGCUGUGCUGGAGCACUGCCCACGGCUGUGCCCCAUCCCUGCAGCUGCUCCAAGCCCUGGGUACUCUUUGGCACUUGCUGUGUCCUGCCAUGUGCUUGCCCAGGCCCUUUGGCCUGGCUCAGUGAUGGAAGAGCCAUCCUUCCUACUCGUGGUCCUGCCUUCACCUUCUGGGUGGGGCAGAACAACCUCAGGGCUCUGUCCCUCUCUUUCCCAGCACUGUGCUAUAAGUGACUGUAUUUUUGGGAUCAGUUCAGAGCUCCUCCUGCAUCCCUUGGGGUCUAGACUAGCUAGGUCUUUCAUCCUGGCUCAGCUGAGACUCUGCUAGUCACUCCUGUGCUCCUCAGCCUCACUGCCUGCAGGUUUAGUCUUUUACCCCCGAAUUUGGCUGCAACCCGGAGGAGGAAAGAGAAUGAGUUUGCACUGGGCUGUGUGGCUGGGUCUCCAGAGUGACACAAGGCAGGAGUUGGUGCUGCUCUGUGCACUUAGUGACUGCUGCUUUCUACUACAGAUUAAUAUAAAAAUGCGUAUCGAGAAUGACCAAUAAAUCUCUUGUCCUCA